GUCGCAUCAUCCAGCAACUGUACCCUCUGCGCCUGUGGGUGGGGCUGGCAGACAUCAGCAUGGAGGCCGCCAUUACCAUGGACAAUCUGCCCAUCCUAUUGGCGGAGACACAACAGGAACUGCACAACGCGGGCAUGCGCACUGACGUGGAUGUGUUCCUAGCGGCGCAUGGACAAACUGGCCACAAAGUGGCAGACUACGCCCGCGCUGUGCCGGAGUCUCUGAGAGGUCUCAUCCUCCUGGGCUCCUUCCUGCCGCGACGAGAGAGUGCCGUGUCCUUCCCUCUACCUGUGCUCACACUGGUGGGGGAGGUGGACGGGGUCACACGGAUCACACGCAUCGCACAGACCAUACAAGAGAUGAUUCGCGCUGCCAACUUUGACCCCGACAUUGUGGUCCAGAGUCCGCUGGUCAUCCUAGAGGGAAGCAAUCACGAGGUGUACACCGUCAGCCAGCUCCCCUACGCCCUCCAUCUCCUCGACAUAGAGGCGGAGGUGGACAAGAGCGUUGGCAUGGAAACAGCCGCAAACAUCACCGCCAUGUUUGUUGCUAACGCCGUGAGGGAACCGGAAGCUCUCGUGGUUAUGGCGGAGUCAGAGUUCAAGCGGGCGUUUGACAAGGCGAAAAACUUGACAGCGCCUGUUCGAUCACUGAAGGAACUGACCCAAGACGAACUCAAAUCUUACUGGGUCAAGUCGGCACAGAAGUGGCUGUCUGGCUUAGAGGGGAAGCAGUCUACCCAGCUAGAGGCUCCGGACGAGAUCGCGGCUCGGAUGUUGGGCCCUGAGAGAAUCCAGGAGUACCUGAAGAACACGAACAUCUCCAAGAACUACACGUGUCGGGAUCUCAACUAUGCCUCCUACAUGACAGCCUACCACGCGGCCACGGAGCGUGCCCGCCAGAGAUACGACAACUACCACCGAGGCAUCGUCUUCCUGCCCGACGUGGUGACUGACUCCUCGGUGCUGUGGGAGACAAUGCGGCUCCGGGUGGAGACGAGAGACAGCGAGCUGCAGGUGACCAGCAUCUCCUACAAGACGGACAACGACAUGAGCCAGAGCCAGUACUCCGGCCUGUUCUUCUGCAAGCUGUUGCCGCCGGACAAGGCGCUGGAGUGGAUCUACGUGGACUCCUUACGUAGGAACAUGGCCUCCACAGAGGGGCGAUAAGUAGCUAGAGUAGAAUCGUAGUACAUGUAUAGUGAGGCACAAGGGACCGUUCUUUUCCACUUUCCAACGAGAUGGUGUGUUUGUUCUGAUGAUAGAUGUGCUUAAGAGGAUUAUGAUGUGUGCGUGUGUGUACAUAUGUAUUUAUAUAUA